AUGAGUUACCUCGCAUACUGGUUAAAGACACUGCUCGCGUUCAAGCACACUUGCCUAAUUCAGAACCCGGACCCAACAGAAAUUGGGUGGAUGGGAGAGGCUUCGACAAGUUACGGAAUCGGAGUAACUAUCGGUCAAAGGUGGGCCCAAUUUAAACUCAAAGCAGGCUGGAACGAAGGACCAGCACCGAGGCGGAACAUAGCCUGGCUGGAGACGGCUGCAAUAACGAUCGGCCUGAUCAUGAUCAAGCAGCUAAAAAUCAAAGAAGGGAAGACGGUGAUUGUCUGGACCGACAACACAACAUCAGAAGAGGCGGUGAGAAGUAGGAAAUCAAGAGAUUUCCACGUCAACAAAGAAUGGAAACGCAUACAAGACAUGCUGGUCGCUUCUCAAUUAGACAUCGUAGCCAAGAGAGUAUCGUCAGCAGAAAAUGUCGCGGACGCCCUAUCCAGGGGUGACCACACCGGACGUGAGGAGAGACACCAGGUAUUCAUACAGCUCCCCGACAGUUUAGGAGAAAGGAUGUUUCAGGCAAGCAGAUGGGACUAA